AUGCACAAGAAUGAAGAAGUUGAUGGAACAAAUGGGGAAAGCGUGAAGGAUAAAAAGCUGGCUAUGAGCCACUUAAUUUUAGUAAUUGACGUAAAUUUUUUGAUAUGGAGCCAAGGAUUAAAAAUAAAGUUUGAUAAGAAUAAUAUAAAAACUGUAAAAUUGUCUCAAUUUUUAAAAUCCGUUUUUCAAUUUACGCGAUUUUAUUGUUUUAUGAGCAGUUCAGAAAGAAUAUGUAUAAUAGCUACCUGUUCAGGUAAUUCAAAAAUAAUAUAUGAAAAUUAUAUAUCUUAUACAAAAAAUAAUUUAACAGAAAAUGAUUAUUGUACUAAUGCGUAUGACAAGUUAAUAAAAUUUAUUAAAGAUAAUAAUAAUAAUAGCAAGACCUAUGAAAUGGUUGAAAGUACAUUAUCAUCAGCAUUAGCAAUUGCAUUGUGUUAUAAUAAUAGAAUAUGCAAUUUAUAUGAAAAUAUUAAUUCGAGAAUAUUUUUACUUGAUAUAUCAAAAAGCCAUUUUUAUACAAAUCAAUAUACACAAUUAAUGAAUAUAGCAUAUAAUGCUAAACGAAAUAAUAUAAUAAUUGAUGUUUUUUCUCUUAAUCAUAAAACUCAAAUACUUGAACAGAUUUGUAAUAUUACUAAUGGGUUAUAUAUAGAUAAUAGUAUUUUUUUAAGUAUUACUUGUGGUGAUAAUGUUGAAGAUAUAUUAACACAAACAAUAAUGUUUUGGUUUUUACCUUCUACUCAUUCCAGAAAAUAUUUUUCAAAUACUUAUUUAAAUGAAGAUACUAAUAUAGCUGUCUGUACAUGUCAUAAUAAACAAAUUGAUAUAGCUUAUAUAUGCUCAUGCUGUUUGGCUAUUUAUUGCUCUGAAAAAGAUUCUCAAACAAAUAAAGAAAGAACUUCAUGCUCUAUAUGUAAAACUCGAUUUACCAAGGCUCUCUUACGAAAUAAAACAGUAUCCGAUUUGAAUUUCACGACCAUUUAA